GUCUCUAGAGCUCCAUGUUCAAUGUGUCCCGACCUUGAAGGUUGAAAGACUUGGCAUGCAUUUAUCGAGCUGAAUGCGUGUAUCGAAGGUAUAUUUACGUAAGGUAGUCUGAGGGUUGUACCUAUCAUACAAAUCAGGUAUCUACAUGUACCUACCUAACUACAUGUAGGAAGGUAGGCAUGCAUCUACAGCAUUGGGGCCCACAGCUGUACGACAUCGCACCUCUCAAUACCUACCUACGUGUAGUGUACUAAGGUAUGUACGAACCACAAUCCAUACUGGUGCGGUAUCGAGGUAGGUGGAAAAAUGGCCAAUAAGAACUAGGACAUUCCCAGUGUGAUGGAUUAGGACAGAGCUGUCUGAAGGAAUAUCCCAGAGUUUUUUCAGCUUCAGAGCUAAUUGGUAUUAGGCGCAUACUUGGUUUUCUGUCGUUGAAGGUUCGAAGUAUCGUCAGUCGUACCAACUUCGAGCAAUCGUGUCAUUCCCGUGAUAAAGGUGCCUUUCUUCAAUAUUAAGGUCCCAUCGUGUUCACAGAGACUCUUGGUGAACAUGGAAGUCGAAGCAGCGGAGCGUUUCCAGGCCGAGCUAGACCUGCUCCUUGCAAUGUACCCCGACUCUCUCAGCUUCUCUGCAAAGGGCCGGGAGCUGAAGUAUUCACAUUGGGGUGAUGAGUCGGGUACAAAGUCCCCAGCUGUUCUAACACUCCGACUGCCCGACACUUAUCCCCUUGUCGGAUUCCCCGAAGUUGUUUCUGCUACGGGACAUUACAAGGAAUAUUUGAGGUCUCCUACACAAGCUGUGUUCUCUUCUACUGAAGCCCCUCCAGGAGAGGAGGUCUUGGAUGUACUGCUUCUUGCCUUUAGAGACUUGGUGUCGUCGAGAGAAGGCCCGAGCCAAAAAGCAACUGUGCAAGCAACUAGGGAAACUGAAUCCCAGGGGAUGAGUGAGCUAGCUAACAGAACAGUCAUAAUCUGGCUCCAUCAUCUCCUCAACACAAAUAAGCGUAAACUUGCUCUGAAUCCCUCGAUGGCGGCCUCGAGAGUCUCUGGGGUCACAAAACCUGGCUAUCCUGGAGUGUUGGUCUUUUCUGGAGAGACAAGUGCUAUCGAGUCGCAUGUACUGGAACUGAGGAAUCAAAGAUGGCAAGCAUUUCAGAUCCGGUAUGACACAGACAAUGAAGGAGUGCCAUCUGAGAUAUGGCGGUUCAAGCAUGGCGUGGGCAUAAGCGAAGUUGAGUCCAUGAGUGAUGUUGCGCAGAGCAUCGUGGACCCGCAGCAUAGGGAAGUUUUUCUAAAUUCCAUAGGAGUCAAAUGACGAGGGUAAAUUCAAGUAUGGUCUGCAGCAUGCACGCAUUCUGCUAGGGAGCCUACCGGCGGGCUUCGUUUUGUUCAUCUCUUGGUAGCUCGUGAUUUCUCCGUCACUGCGUGAGCCUUCAUCAAGUGCCAGCAUCAGCGCUUGAUUCCCAACCAUUGUCAUACCCAUAAUAUGUGUGUAUAGCUAGUAUCCACACUGAUACCUAUUUUUUAGUAGUUGGGUUGAUAUUUGAAACAUUUGCGAGGCUGUAAAGCUUAACAAGCAACUUGAUUCGUGAUAUUUACUAAGAUUAAGCAUAUACAUAUUUCUUCGAUAUUAAAUCCUUUAUAUCUAUGAUGUACAUAUAUAAGUAAGUAUGUACCUAGGUAGGUUGGUCCCGUCCUGAAGCCCACCUUCUAUGCUUUGUAUCGUGAUACAUGUAGGU